GGUUCGACUCAUGACCGUAGUUUUUUCCGCAAAGCCUUCUACUGCGCACGCAAUUAUAGUUACACCAAUGCUCAAAGUAUACAUAUUAUAAUCUAUUUGGAAAAUUACAAAUAAAUUACGGCUAUUAUAGUGAAAUAAUACUUUGCUUUGACAAGUCGAUUUGAAAAUAUGGGAAUGGCGAAGUUUCCUGUUAUUUUCAUCGUGUUUCUUCUACCGCAUGUGUAUUCAGCUCCACAGUUGAUCAGCUAUAAAGAUGGAAAACUAGGUGUUAACUUCGCAGGCUACCAUGCAGCAGUUGGUCUUGGCGGUGUAUUAGGAAACGGUGCCAAUGGCGGGCUAUAUGCUGAAGCUGGCACACCUCAUGGUCAAUCAGCAAAGGCAGGAUUAGGAGGUGCUGUAGAUGCUAACGGUGGAACAUCAGGCGGCCUUUAUGCUGGAGCUACAGCUGGAGGAAACGUUAAGGCGGGCGCAGGUUUGGCGGGCGGUGUUAACGGAGGCACAUCCGCCGGUACUGGCUUUGCCACGGCGCAAGCAGGAAACCGUUAUUCCUCAUCUACCCUGUUCCAGACUGGCGGAAACACUCAACUUUCUUCUAAUGGACCUGUAGGACAAAACAAUAAUGAUGUACUUCCUAACAAAAACAUCGCUACAAAUGAAUUGAUACCACCAGCUGGUUCUUACAAGAUAAAAGUUAAAAGCUCCGGUGUGAUAAAUGACAAUGCACCUAAUCAACAAAUCAAUGGUUUCCUUGGCGCUUCAAUCGACAGCAAAAAUGAUUCUCCCCAAUUAAUAGAAAAACGAAUAGACAUUGGAAAUGAGAAUGUAAACAAAGAAAUUACCCCAUCUGCUCAGUCAGUUGAUCAGAUUACAUACAGAAAGGAAGUUAAUCUCCAAAGAAAUCCAACAUUCUUUGAGGAUAUUUUUAAUAUACCUAUUGCAGCACUUACAGCUGUAAGAACCUUCCUGACAAAUACAGCUGGUAACACUAGCAUAUCUCUGCAAAAGUCAGCCUCUGUACAAGCAGAAACAGAUUUAAUAUCACCAAAGCAUGCAUCACCAUCAUCAGUCAAAUCAUCCGAUACGCAAAUCUCGGUUAAGACUCCGAAUGCGUCUCAGUUGCUCGAUGACAUAAUAGCGAUACCCAUUAAUACACUUGGUGCGGUAAAUAAAUUCUUAGAAAACAACGUUCCUGUAAGAAGAAGGGUUACUAUACAAAAUGGGGACGUACCACAAGUUAUUAGAUAUCCAGGCCGUCACGCGAGGAGACGCGCUUUUAAGAAAGAAAUCAUCGCUUCUCAAGAACAAAACGACAAUUUGGAUAAAACAGAGGCAACUAACUAAAUAAACUAAAACUUUGAAGUACAAAUACAAAUGUAGAGUUAUAAAAACCGGUUUAUUCGUAAUAAUAUAAUUUUUAAGUAAAUAAG